AUGGUCUUUGGUAUCCUCGAACCCCGAAACAGAGAGGUCAGAGGCACGGUCGUCCUCGAUGACGGCGGCACCAUCACCAGCUUUCGGAUCAAACAUGGCCAUAGGACGGCAGGUUACUCCCUUCUCCCGUUAUUCUCUAUUCUUAAGGAUGCUGCCAUCGCUCUUGCUCCCACGCCGAGCAAUGACCCAAACGAUCCGCUCAACUGGCCCGUAUGGAAGAAGCACCUGGUGCUUCUUGUCGUUUUCCUCAACACUGUGGUUUUCUUUUCUGUGCCCGCACCCAUGCUCGCUCCUGGCACAUUUACCAUCGCGAAGGUAUUUGGGAUUAGCCCGGGCAAAGUCUCUCAACUUUCCGGGUAUCAGCUGCUCGUAGUUGCCUGCUGGGGGCCCUUCGUAUCUGCUCUUGCGAGGAAGUAUGGCAAGAGGCCCCAGUUCGUUUUCGCAAGCCUCAUGGGCACUAUUGGGACCAUUGUCUGUAUUCUAUCGCGGACCUAUCAUCAACUCCUCGUUGGCCGUCUGAUCCAGGGCUUCGGUACAUCUGCCUACGAGGCUCUUUGCGUCACGGUAGUCGGCGAUCUCUUCUUUGUGCAUGAGCGCAGUCUGAGGACCGGGACGAUGGUUUUGACUAUCUCGUGCAUGGCAUCUCUGGUGUCGAUUGUCGGAGGGCCGAUCGUGGAGAAUUAUGGUUGGCGAUACAUGUUCAUCAUCCAGCUGCCCUUUGCCAUCGUCGCUUUGCUCUGCAUUUUCUUCUUCUGCCCAGAAACCCAGUUUCAGAGACCGGCCACUUCUCCCGAUAACGGUUGUACUAUUGUCGAAAACCCCAAAGCGAGUGCGGCUCACGUCGAGGCGGUCGAGGAAGAACAAACUGCUCCGGUUGCCUCGUCAACACCCAUGCGCUAUGUUCAAAGUCUUAGGCUGUUUAGGAGAUUCUAUACGCAGAAUAAUGUUGUGAUGCUAUUCGCAUCAACCUUCAUCGUCGCGUUGAAUCCGGCAGUCAUUUGGAAUGGGUAUUACUUCUCCGGUGCCCUCAUCGGUGGUGUUAUUGGAGGCACCCUUGGUUCUUACCUUAUAGAGAGACUUACGAUCUGCCUCGUCAAAAAGAACAAUGGGGUUUUCGAGCCCGAGUUUCGCCUCCCCAUUAACCUGCUCUCUGCGCUGCUCUUCGGGCUCGGAUGGUUCAUCUUCGCAUGGAAUCUAAAACACCCCACCUCCCACGGAUACUAUCUUGGGGCAGUGUGCCAUGGAUUCAUUGGCUGCGGGCUUACGCUGACUGGGACCUCAUCUAGCUUGUACAUCUUGUAUGUAGACAACUCGUCACGUUGUCUGCGCGUUCGCGAGGAACCUGCUGACCCGGUCUGGGAUCGCUCUAGAGACUCGUUUCCUCGACAGACGACUGAGAUAUUCCUGCUACAGAUGAUGGUCAAGAGCAUCCUGUUCUUCAAGUUCAGUCUUUUCGUCAACGACUGGGUAGAAAACGCCGGGGCUGCAGCCAUGAUGACUGAUUUUGGCAUUGUCACGAUGUGCCUGAUGGCGACGUGUCCGGUGAUGUAUGUGUUCGGCAAGUACAGUCGCACUGCGGUGGAACGGUUGUCCAUUCUGAAACAUAUAGAGCAGUAG